GUGGAGAAGAAGCAGGUCUCUCAGCAGGUUGAAUAGACGAUGAGCGUGCAUUACAAACCAGCGGCGAACGGCCUCCACGUCGGCCCACAUCUCCCUACAUCCCAUCAAUUGCAUCCCGUUGACCUCCCAUUGCCAGCCAACGACAUGAUGGACAUUGAGCCGCUCAGCCUGGACGAAGCCUCAAUCGAUGACGUCGUGGCCCUUGCUGAUGGACAUCGAGACGAGAAACAGGAGAAUAUCGACCACGGUUCGAUGCGCGAGGCGGUGGACGGCUGCGACGAGGCCCCAUCAGAGUCUCCCGUCCUUGGCGACGUUUCGCUCCUCACGGAAGACUUCUUAGUCCGACGCGGUCCGGGGGGGACAGCGAGGAGGGAAGAGAAGUUUGCCUACGAGGAGUUUUCCGCUGCCUACGAGACGCGAGUCAACGACAGCGGGGAGGUCGAGGAGAAGUUCGUUGCUACGACCCCAUUCACACCAGAGCCCUUCAUCAAGACGAUGCAGCGGGUAGCACGGGUUUUGCUGUGUCAAUUCUUCAGUGCAGUGGGGUUUGCAGCCGCCUGGUCGCUGUUUUGCGUGGGUGUCUGGCAGACUUGUGAGUACCACAUGUCAGUCCCUGGGUGGAUCGUGCUCGACGGACUCCGACUCUUGCUGCCAGCGGUUUGCUACAGUGGCAUCUUAUUCCUGAUGGCUGAAGGAGAUGUCAGCAGAGCCAUGCGGCGCUUCCGGACCGCAUGGUGGCUCCCCGUGUGUAUCAUACUGCUGCAAUCUCUGAGAAUCGUAUUCCAUUAUGUGGACGCAAUUGAUUCCAUAGUGAGGAAGCUCACAUUCUUUGCGGCUUGGUCAGUCUUCGCUGUGCUCGUGCCGUUCGUUUUCUUUCGCUGGACCGCCCACUGGAGGAAGGAGACUGUGCGGAAGACAGUCUACGCUUUGCAGCUGACAUUAAUGAAUGCGAGCAGCUGCACAGUCUCGGCGAUCAUCCAGUGGUGGGUCUUCUUACCGCUCGGCGCACGAGUGGCGACCGACGGCGAGAGGACGCGCCUUGUGGUGGUCUUCUUGCUUGCCCUAUCGCCGCUGGCUGGCCUAAGUACGUGAUACAUUCGUAUGUUGCAAUGACGUGCAUUUCUGCGGGAUGGCCUGUUUAUGAUUUUCCAUCAGUGGGCUGGGCAAAUCGUGCCGUACGCGAAGGGCCAGUUUUGACUACAGCACCAAGUCUCGCCUUUGCAGCCGUAGCCUUCUCGCUGUUUCCUCGGUAACAAACGAGUUGGGGAGAAUGGAGGAUUGCCAUAUCGCUGCAGCCUUUCGAUGUGGGGCGGAUGGCAGAAUGGUACAAUCAAAGAUGAGCACUCUCUCUGCGGCCCAGAUUCUGACAUCAUUCAUGUACAGUAGGCACCUGCUACAAUGCAAGCUUUGCAAUCAAUGUGUUGGAUAUCAAUCCUCAGGUUCGGCUGCUUCGACCUCGCCACAGACGUCACCAUACCCUAUGGUCAAUCAAAAGCAAGUCUGAAAUUCAGUCUGCCUACUGCAUACCAGACUAUGUCUCCUUGUUUCUCUUCUCGAUACGGGCAGGCGUCCUUGUGGGUGGCGCGUGCAGAAAACUCUUCUCGCGACUGAUGAGCAGGCAGAGGAUUCGCGAGCACCACUGUGAUGCUAUCGAUGCCAUUGACGUCAGAGACACUGAGGAAUCUGUCGUGAAUGACACCAGCCCCGACAAGUCAGCUUGUCAGCUCAGCAAUCUUUCCACUACGGUGACAGAAUCCCCUCGUCAGCUCAAGAAGGCUUCCGAUCGUCUUCGGCACACCUUCAGCCGCUCGUCGUUCGCAUCACAGCUCAGCGCCAUACUAGACGCGCAAUCCAAAUUGCGUCUGACAUUCCAUCCAAUAUUCCUUCGCCGGCUCAGCGACGUGAGCAUUUGGGCUGUGGAGAAAUAAGGCCAAGAGACAUAUACACUCUGCCCCUGUCUCCGCGUUGCAGCAAGUGCAUUUGUACGGCCUGGCGGAACUGACUGCACUGGUCGGUACUGUUGGCGGAAUGUACGUAGCAAAGUGGAACACUCCCGGACUGUUUUGGUUUGCAGGUCUUCUCCAAUUUGUGCUCCAUUAUCUUCGAGCAGGUAGGUGUGUGUGAUGGGCAAUGCGUCCGGUCGAAUAUACGUAUGUAUGUAUUUUGUGAUGCAGAUGCUACAUCCAUCUGGCGAGCGCCUGGCAGAGAGGGUCGCUGGCCUGGCGGUUCUUGUGCUCAUCGAAAUGGGCCUCGAAUUCCUUCUCUUCUGUGUGAGUACCACUUGAUGG